GGAGGGCUCUGCCUCCACUCCCGCUAGAGCCGUUGCCAACCCGGACCUCGAGACCUUGUGGUCAGCAUGGCGCGCCCCGCUCCCCUCCUGGCACUGGCUCUGCUGCUGGGCACCUUGCUGUGCGUUGCGUCCAGGCCCCGGGGCCGCAUCCUGGGGGGCUCCAGUGCCGGGCCCCACCAGAGGCCCUACAUGGCCUCGCUGCAGGUGGACGGGCACCACGUGUGCGGCGGGUUCCUCAUCGCCGAGCAGUGGGUGCUGAGCGCCGCACACUGCAUGGAGGACAUGAAGGGCAAGACCUUCCAGGUGCUCCUGGGAGCCCACUCGCUCUCGCAGCCGGAGCCGCACAAGCGCUUGUACACGGUGCGCACCACGGUGCGCCACCCUGGCAGCAACACCGAGACCAACGAUGACGACCUCCUGCUCCUCCAGCUGGAGGAGAAGGCGACCCUCAACGAGCACGUGAAGAUCCUGCCCUUCCAGCGGCAGGACGUGGAUGUCCCGCCCGGGACCAUGUGCGAGGCGGCUGGCUGGGGCUUCACCAGCCACAGCGGGCGCAAGCCGGACGUGCUGCAGCAGGUGGAGCGGCCAGUGAAAAGCCGAGAGGAGUGCAACAAGCGGCCCUACCACGACAACACCAUCACGGACAAGAUGCUGUGCACCGACUCCCGAAAGAAGGACACCUGCAAGGGGGAUUCUGGCGGACCACUCAUCUGUAAUGGGGUGGCCGAGGGGGUGGUGACCGCCGGCGCCCGGGUCUGCGGGAACUUCAAGAAGCCCGGCAUCUACACCCGCAUCGCUGCCUACGUCGACUGGAUCGACAGCGUCAUGGCUGCAGCAGGGGAGGGACCAGCCUCGCCAAGCCCCUAGCACCUGGGGCACACGGUGGCUCGGUGCAUGGACCCCCCCCGCCAGGCUUGCCCUCGGUAGCUUUGCUUGCCUAGCGCCCACCUUGCUUCCGCCAGCUCCGGACAGGGAGAGGGGCCUGCAAUCAGCCGGACCAAUAAAACUACCACGUGCAGAAACCAA